ACCGGACGGCAGCCCACAUCGUCCUUUUACUCUACCGAACCCCCUUUGUAUGAGACGCUACACUCUUAGCCGCAAUCCGAUGCAUGCGCUCUCUCUGAAGCUCUGUUCUUCGGCACCAAACCCUAAAAUGCCUGUUAAAACGGUCAAGGUCUCGAUCAAGGGCAGGGUUCAGGGCGUCUUCUACAGGAAAUGGACAGCUGAGAACGCGCAAGAGCUAGGUCUCAAAGGCUGGGUUCGUAACAGGAGAGAUGGCUCGGUGGAGGCCCUCUUCUCCGGUGAACCCUCCUCUGUCGAAGAAAUGGAGAAGAGGUGUCGUCGAGGCCCGCCUGCUUCCAUGGUUACUGGCCUCAAUGUGUCUCCUGUUGAUGAAGAUCCUGGCGAUGGCUUCCAGUUGAAGCCCACUGUAUAAACCCUAAUCUCUUUCUUCUCUAUCUAUUGAUGUAGUGCCUCUCUAUUCUCUCCAACUCCUACCAUAAAUAUGUAUAAAUAUGUAAAACUUGGAGUGGUAUAGCGGCAUAUAUGGAUUAAAAUUUAAUGCGGGUGUCUUUCUGUUCA